AUGGUAUCAGUCUGAAUGAUUCCUCUCUUGGGUAUGACAGGCUGCUGCUUUCUGCUCUACUGCUUCUCCUUUUUCCUUGUGGGCGUUUCCUUUUUAUCUCCUCUCCUUUCGCUAAUCUGGAACAUUGUCGAAGUGGCUCUCGAACGAGAUCUCUGUCUUCAAUCAUAAUCAUCAUUCAUCACAUUACUCACAUCUUGCUUCUAAGAGUAGCACAUUUUCUUCACUACCGAUUUACUGUUUCUGUGUUUUCCAUCUCUAGAAAGAGACCCAAGGCUCUCUUCGAGCUCACUGUUCCAAAAGAGAGUGAAUUCAUGACAUGUAGAUAUACUUUUUCAUCAGAGACGCCGUUUUAUGUACAGAGAAAUGAUGGUAUUCAUGAUUACAGGUCAGGCCAUCGUAGUCUUAGACAAGCACGGCAGAGUUGGAUAACGACGCUUGCUGAGAAUCGCUCAUCAUAAUCCCCUUCACGGGAUCCGAUUCCCUUUCUGUUCUUUUGAAGGAAUAAUGUUCUUGGACUACUGGAAAACUAUCAGAGUGUGAAAGUAGAACAGGGAGGGAAAGAAAAUGAAGCCUUUCUGGCCUCAGAAAUCUUACUGUCGUUGAUGGGUGGGGAUUUGAGCUCCAAAAAGACAAAAAAGAAAGAAGGCUGCUGCUAAAUGCUUCAAAAACUACAGUUUUAGUUGUAUAUCUCUCUCCAUUCCUCAAACUAGAAUCUGAAUUGUAUAACUCUCUCCCUCCACCGCCAUGUCCAGUUCAAUUUCUGAAGAGGCCAGCGUAUCUUCUUCUAGCAAUAAAGGCAGAGAAGAAUUCCACGUGGGAGCCCGGACUCCCAUUUUCACAGCCUUCGCUCCUCUUCUCUCCCGUCAACAGCCUAUGAAGAGGAGAAGAAAUCUUCCUGGGAAUCCCGAUCCUGAUGCAGAAGUCAUUGCUCUAUCUCCAAAGACUCUCAUGGCUACCAAUAGAUUCAUAUGUGAGAUUUGCAACAAGGGGUUCCAGAGAGACCAGAAUCUGCAGCUCCACAGAAGAGGCCACAAUCUGCCAUGGAAGCUAAGGCAGAGGACAGGGCAAGAGAUUAGGAAGAAAGUCUAUGUUUGCCCAGAGCCAUGUUGCGUCCACCAUGAGCCAUCAAGGGCUCUGGGUGACCUCACAGGAAUCAAGAAGCAUUUUUGCAGGAAGCAUGGGGAGAGGAAGUGGAAGUGUGAGAAAUGUUCAAAGAGAUACGCAGUGCAGUCUGACUGGAAGGCUCAUAUCAAGGCAUGCGCGAAAAGGGAGUAUAGAUGUGAUUGUGGCACUGUUUUCUCUAGGAAGGACAGUUUCAUAACCCACAGAGCCUUCUGCAACGCCUUGGCAGAAGAAAAUGCAAGGCCCUCAGCACCACUGAAGCCCCUACUACCUUCCUCAACCCUACCAUCCAAAACCCAACCUUCCCUUCUCCACAGCUUCCCAUCUCUCAGUAAUCAAGAGCCCAAUCUUCUAGAAACCUCCUCUCUCCUUCUCGAACCAACCUCUCUCCUCCUCCCAUCUUUCACAAUCUACCCUUCACAGCACAACCAUCAUCCUCAAGAAGCCCACAUGGCCAACCUCUUCAGCGUCCCUCCUCCUCACACUUCAGCUACUGCUCUGCUGCAGAAAGUAGCAGAAAUGGGUGCAAUUCUGAGCAACCCAAAUGACAAUCUCUUGGCAACUGAGACCUCCACUGCCAAGGUUGAGGGAGGUGCACCAGAAUUCAUGAAGGAGGUGGGUUCUGUGGAUAUGGAGGAGAGAAUAGCAGAAAUGGUCUCUGUCUGGGCACAAGGAGAGCAAGUUGGGCCAAUUGGGAAGGUGGGUGGGCUGUCUUAAUGGUGAUGGUGAACUUGGCUUCUCUGCAGCAGAGAGUGUGCAUGGCAUGUGGGUUGAGAAGGAGAGGUGCAAGAGUAAGUUUACAGGGGAGAUGCCAUGGAGAUGUGGAGAUUGAUGUGGCAGCAGGAGCCCUAGCCUAUCUGGUUUCUGCUUCUCUCCCUCAGAUGGUUCAUGGGAGAGCUGAUACACCUCGCAUAUUUUCUUUCCUCUGCAAUCAGCACUACAUUUGUUUUCCCUCCGAUUUUCUGAUAUUUUUCUCAUGUAGAGAAAGUUGAUUACCUUGCAUAUCAAAUGUAUUUGUCUCCCCCUUUCUAGGUUUUUCCUUUUCUAACUUCUGUUUAGCACUUAGUGAAAUAAGAAAUAAAUUUUUGAUUUAUCAGUCAA